CUAGGGAGAAGGAGGCAGAUCCUUUUUCCUUCCCCUUCUCUUUCUCUCUUCUCCUGCUUCCCAGUUUUGAAAUUCAGGACAGAUCUUUCUUUCUUCGAUACCAGGAGCAUUCAAAGGAGUGCAGCACCAGGAUCUCUCUCCCAUCCCUUGGCAAGGAUUUGUAGAGCGAAUCUUUAGAGGAAGAUCCGUUAAAAGGAAGUGUUUGCUCUCAUCUGAUUUUGCCAGAGGACAGAAUGGCUCGAAAUCCCACUCUGGCUUGGACUGUCGUACCAUUUGGGCUCCUGUUUCUCAUCCAGGGAAUCCAUUCCUUUUUGUUGCCCAAUGCUACCCAUUUGGAAAAAAUCCUCAACCGAUACCGAGAUGAGCAACCUCACUCCAGGACCAGGAGAGCUAUUUCCCUAUCGGACAAAGAAGAGAUCUUGGCCCUUCAUAACAAGCUGAGAGGCCAAGUCUAUCCAUCAGCAUCCAACAUGGAAUACAUGACGUGGGAUGAUGAGCUGGAGAGAUCGGCCGAGUCCUGGGCCCAUCAAUGCAUUUGGGAUCAUGGACCUCAAAGCCUCCUGAUGUCUAUUGGCCAAAACCUGGGGGUUCACUGGGGCAGGUAUCGCCCUCCAUCUUUCCAUGUCCAGUCUUGGUAUGAUGAAGUGAAAGACUAUACCUAUCCGUAUCCUCAUGAAUGCAACCCCUGGUGUCCAGACAGAUGCACAGGACCCAUGUGCACACAUUACACACAGAUAGUCUGGGCCACGACAAAUAAGGUUGGCUGUGCCGUGAAUGUCUGCCAGAGGAUGGAUGUCUGGGGACAGAUCUGGGAGAAUGCUGUUUAUCUCGUCUGCAACUAUUCUCCCAAAGGCAAUUGGAUUGGAGAAGCUCCGUAUAAGAAUGGCAGGCCUUGUUCCGAAUGCCCGCCUAGCUAUGGAGGAGGCUGCCAGAACAACCUCUGUUACAAAGACGGCACAAAUGUUCAGAAGCCUGAGAGAGAGGAGACGAAUGAAGUGGAAAUGCCGCAAGAGCGGGUGAAACCUCAACCCACGAAACCUGUGAAGGAAAAGAAGAAGCCGACGGCAGCGACUUACAUGACACAAGUGAUCAAGUGUGAUACCAAAAUGAGGGAUAAAUGCAAAGGGUCGACAUGUAACAGAUACCUCUGCCCUGCUGGCUGUCUGAACAGCAAGGCAAAAGUGUUUGGGACCUUUAACUACGAGAGUUCAUCCAGUAUAUGUCGGGCUGCCAUUCAUUCUGGGGUGCUGGAUAACCGAGGAGGCCUGGUUGAUAUCACUAGGAAGGGAAGAUCGGAUUUCUUUAUCAAGUCGACAAGAAAUGGAGUUGAAUCCUUAAGUAAAUUCAAGCCUUCCAAUUCCUUCGUUGUUUCAAAAGUCACAGUGCAGACAUUGGAUUGCUACACGACAGUAGAGGAACUCUGUCCAUUCAAGAAGCCAGCCACUCAUUGCCCAAGGUCAUACUGUCCAGCUUAUUGCAAGGAUGAGCCAUCCUACUGGGCGCCUGUAUAUGGGACCAAUGUUUAUGCAGAUAACUCCAGUAUUUGCAAAACUGCUGUGCAUGCAGGGGUCCUUACAGAGGCUGAAGGGGGUUAUGUGGAUGUGAUGCCUGUGGACAAGAAGAAAUACUACAGCGGUUCUUUGAAGAAUGGGAUUCGAUCUGAAAGCGUAAAGACGCCAAGAGAAGGGAAAGCCUUCCGAAUCUUUGCUGUGAAGCAAUAGGUCUCCAAGAAGAAAUGAGCCCUUCUGUCAGGAGGAACAUGCUGCACUGUACCUAAGCGACGGGACCAGAUGACAUUUGUCCUGGCAUGUAGUACGACAAAGCCCUAUUAGUUAAACCUCUUGAAAGCAAGGGAGGAAAAAAAAAAGAUGGCUGCAGGAAUUGUGUUUGGACUACCCAUGUGUCACUGGCAUCAUGUUUUAUUAGGUUUUCUUUUGCUAUCAAAUGCUUGGGGUCAUUCGGCGAAGGUUGUUGGUCCGCACUGUGUGUGCGUGAGAGGCAUUUGACACCUUGUCCUUGUCCUCCUCCUGGCAAACAGCUAUGAUUUCCCAAAGACAGGUCUCUCACAUUUGUCCAAAGAUAGCAGUGCAUUGUUUCUGAAGGUAGAAGUGUGGAUGUUGUUAGGUGGGAUAGGUAGGUAGGGAAGCAAUAAAGUCAACUCCGAGGCAGCUCCUUUGGAAAAGUAAACCAUCUCAGUGUUUCAGAAAUGUCUUUUUUGUUUGUCUCUCUGUGUGAAUCCAAGUUGCUCUGGGAAGUCCACAGCUGGACGGGUUUCGGCCAUUGAGCAUAAUGCCGAAGCAAUAUGGGCAGACAUUUUGUGGACCUCGGAAAGGGACUAACUAGGAAGUUGUUGAAAAGGAAACUAUUUUAUAAAAGGGCAUCGUCUCUGGAAACAAGGGAUUUACCUUGAACAGAAAAUGUGGGAUGGUUGUGUUUGCUGGCCAAACAACUGCAGAAAGUUAGGAAGGUGGGGAUCUGGUUCACAAGAAAUCGAGGAACUGGGAUUCUGUUUGGGCACAUUUUGCUCAGUAGUACAUUAGAGAGCCUGAUAUAACUUACAAUUUAAUGCAAUUUAUUUUAUUCAGCGGAGCUGAUCGUAACCUAGCUAUGCAGUGAUCUUUAAAUGUUGGUCUUUAUUUUAUUGUACACGUAAAAGGUGUUUUGCUUGGCCUUUUUUGUUUGUACAGAAUUAGGGCUUAUCUGUCUGGCUAUCUAUGUUGGAGUUAACCACAGCAUCCAUGUUACAGAGAGCUCUUGAAGCGGCUUGGUUUUCCUGGAUGUAGUCUAUCUGAAAUGCAGGUCCCAAGUGCCUCUGUAAUGAUCAAUGUCCAAUAGUCCUGUUCAAUGGUUCUCAACCUUUUCUAUUGCCUGCACCAUAGGAAAUAUUUGAUUAUUGUUCCCACCCCAUAUUACAAAAGUAAUAUCACAUUCAAAGGCAGUCUGAUUCCUCAUUUUUGAACCACAAACGUUGGGUGAACAAAUUCAACUUACAAAGACAAGCUUUUAACUCAAGAGCGUAACGUGCAAAAUCUAAAUUGAGCAAUUGGACUCCAAUAAAAUUAAGAAAAUAAUAAAUAAAUAAAUAUAUUCAGGAAAAACCUGAGUUAUCACUUGUAAGUCAUCUAUCAAGGAUACAAGCCGCUCUUUGUUGCACCCCCUGAAAUUGUAUUUUGCACCCCAACUGUGAACUCCUGGUCAGGUUAUUCCAGGGUUUUGACCAGAUCUGGGUGAAACAAAACCCAUUGAAGCUUUUUUUACAGCUCCAAAGAUGCUUCUAGACAUCAAGACAUAUAUAUAUAAAACAUAUACCGUAUAUACUCAACCAUAAGUCGACCUCAUGUAUAAGUCGAGGUCAGGUUUUGCGGCCAAAAUUAUGGAUUUUGCCAUGAUCCGUGGAUAGGUCGAGGGUAAAACUUGGAAGCUCCCUUAGUGUGUGUAUUUGUGUGUGUAUGGGAAAAGAAACUCUCAUUGAGGCUUUUUGCUUCAUCAUUUCAGCUUCGAUGGGCUUUUGAACAAACAGUAAUAUCAAUCAUUCACCCAGGACUCUUUCUGCUUGGCUCCAGAGAGAAAUAAACCCCUCGCCGCACUACAUGGGGAAAUCUGAAAGAGCUGCUAUCACAUUACUAUAGUGACCCAUAAAUAAGGCGAUCUGGGA